UCUGGGUGCUGGCUGUGGCGUCCCAGGUCCCAGCGCCCGCUGGCUCCGCGCCGCGUGGGAGCAUCGGGACUCGACGGUGCUAGCGGCCCGCGGCCAUGGCUGCACACGGGAAGCUGCGGCGGGAGCGGGGGCUGCAGGCAGAAUAUGAGGCGCAAGUCAAAGAGAUGCGCUGGCAGCUGAGCGAGCAGCUUCGUUGCCUGGAGCUCCAGGGCGAACUACGGAGGGAUUUGCUGCAGGAGCUGGCGGAGUUCAUGCGGCGACGGGCCGAGGUGGAGCUGGAGUACUCCCGGGGCCUGGACAAGCUGGCCGAACGUUUUGCCAGUCGCAGUGGCCGCCUGGGGGGCAGCAGCCGGGAGCAGCAAAGCUUCCGGAAGGAACCAUCCCUCCUGUCGCCCUUGCACUGCUGGGCUGUGUUGCUGGAGCAGACACGACUGCAGAGUCGGGAAAGUGCAGCCCUCAGUGAGGUGCUGGGUGGACCCCUGGCCCAACGCCUGAGUCACACUGCAGAGGAUGUGGGACGUAUCGUUAAGAAGAGUAAGGACCUGGUACAGCAGCUUCAGGAUGAGCUCCUGGAGGUGGUCUCAGAGCUCCAGACGACCAAGAAGACAUACCACAUAUACCACGUGGAAAGCAUGAAUGCAGAGGCCAAGCUCCGGGAAGCUGAACGGCAGGAGGAGAAGCGGGCGGGCCGGAGUGCCCUGCCCACCAUCACUGCUGCCACUGCCACGAUCAUGACCACUGCCACCACCGCCACCAGUGCCACUGCUGAGACAGGGCCUCUCCGCAAGAGCUCCCUCAAGAAGGCAGGGCGACUGGUAGAGAAGCGUCAGGCCAAGUUCUUGGAGCAUAAACUCAAGUGCACCAAGGCCCGGAAUGAGUACCUGCUCAGCCUAGCCAGUGUCAACGCCGCUGUCAGCAACUACUACUUACAUGAUGUCUUGGACCUCAUGGAUUGCUGUGACACAGGCUUCCACUUGGCCCUGGGGCAGGCACUGCGGAGCUACACAGCCGCUGAGAGCCGCACCCAAGCCUCCCAGAUGCAGGGCUUGGGCAGCCUGGAAGAGGCUCUGGAGGCCCUAGAUCCUCCAGGGGACAAGGCCAAGGUGCUUGAAGUGCAUGCAAUGGCCUUUUGUCCCCCUCUACGUUUUGAAUACCAGCCCCAUGAGGGUGAUGAGGUGGCUGAGAUCCAGGUUGAGAUGGAGCUGCGGGACGAGAUUUUGCCCAGAGCCCAAAACAUCCAGAGUCGCCUGGACGGACAGACCAUUGAGACAGAGGAGGUGAACAAGACACUGAAGGCAACACUGCAGGCUCUGCUGGAGGUGGUGGCCUCAGAGGAUGGGGACAUGCUGGACUCUUUCCAGACCAGCCCUUCCACUGAGUCCCUCAAGUCCACAAGCUCAGACCCAGGCACCCGACAGGCAGGCCGCAGACGGGGCCAACAGCAGGAGACAGAGACCUUCUAUAUCACGAAGCUACAGGAAUAUCUGAGUGGCCGAAGCAUCCUUGCCAAGCUGCAGGCCAAGCAUGAGAAGCUGCAGGAGGCUAUACAACGAGGUAACAAGGAAGAGCGAGAGACAUCUUGGACCCAGUGCACACAGAGAAAAUUCCAGAAGAGCCGCCAACCCCGUCCCAGUUCCCAGUAUAACCAGAGACUUUUUGGAGGUGACUUGGAGAAGUUUAUUCAGAGCUCAGGCCAGCCUGUGCCCCUGGUAGUGGAGAGCUGUAUCCGCUUCAUUAACCUCAAUGGCCUGCAGCAUGAGGGAAUCUUCCGGGUAUCAGGUGCCCAGGCCCGGAUCUCAGAGAUCCGAGAAGCCUUUGAGAGAGGGGAGGACCCUCUGGUGGAGGGCUGCACCUCCCAUGACUUAGACUCAGUGGCUGGGGUGCUGAAGCUGUACUUCCGGAGCCUGGAGCCCCCUCUGUUCCCUCUAGACCUAUUUAACGAGCUGCUGGCUUCUGCAGAGCUGGAGGCCGUGGGUGAACGGGUGGAGCCUAUGAGCCGCCUGCUGUCCAGGCUGCCUGGACCGGUGCUGGUGGUCCUGCGCUACCUCUUCACCUUCCUCAACCACCUGGCCCAGUACAGCGAUGAGAACAUGAUGGAUCCCUACAACCUGGCUGUGUGCUUCGGGCCCACACUGUUGCCUGUGCCUGCCGGGCAGGACCCCGUAGCCUUACAGGGCCGGGUGAACCAGCUGGUACAGACGCUCAUUCUGCAGCCUGCUCGGGUUUUCCCACCACUGGCCAUGCUGCCAGGCCCUGUCUAUGAGAAGUGCAUGGCACCACCUUCUGCCAGCUGCCUGGGGGAAGUUCAGCUGGAGAGCAUUGUUGGGGAGCAGGAGCCUGAGCUGGAAGCUGGGACCACAGCUCAAGAGGAUGACCUGGAGGGAAUAUUGGAGGCCGUAGCCUGCUUUGCCUACACAGGCCGCACAGCCCAGGAGCUGACAUUCCAGCGAGGGGAUGUGCUGCGGCUACAUGCUCGGGCAUCAAGUGACUGGUGGCGAGGGGAGCAUGCUGGUGUUCGGGGACUCAUUCCACACAAGUACAUCACACUGCCUGAGGGGGAUGAGAAGCAGGCGGCUGACCUAGGGCUGCAGGCCACAGGGGAGUCUGUGAGCCGUCCAGAGGGCCCCCUGACCUUGGAGUUCGCCCAUUGGCCAGAGCCAGGUACCCCACCUGAGGCUGUGGGCCCUUCUGGGCCCAGACGACACUGUUUGGUUCCCACCUCCCCUGAGAGACAUGCAGAGAUGGAUAAGACUGUGUCGCAGAACAUGGACUCCGUGUUUAAGGAGCUCUUGGGAAAGGCUGCUGUCCGCCAGGGCCUUGGGCCAGCAGCUACAGCCUCCCCCAGUCCAAGCACCCGAAGCCAGAAGCCUCUGGCCUGCAGCCUCUUCAGCAAAAACAAAGUCUUCUCCCGGGGACCUGGGGCCACAGCUUCCCCCUCUGCCUCCCAUCCUCAGAGUCCAGACUCAGCUUUCAAGCCACACUGAGGCAGCUCACCCCCCAGCAGACACCAGCGAAUCCACCAUUCUUCCUGGACCCUUUGCCUCUCCUCAGCCCUAGCUUAGGCCCCUUUGGGAAGCAGCAAAGGAGGGAGGCUGGGAACCAGACCCUUUACAGCUUUGCUGGGAGAGCUUGAGCUGUGGCUAUGGAGGGUGGGCCUGGCAACAAUUCAUAAAGACCUAUGCACUGAUUGCCA